UCUCUUCUCUGUCACUUUGCCUACCCACUAAGAAAAAUCGAUCCUUUCUUCUCUUCCAUACGCUUCUUUCUCUUCUCUUCAUUCAUUUCAAUUUGUGGUGUUAGUGAAAUAAUAAUGAAGGGGUAGUUGAACAUUCAAACAACCCAUGCCCUCAUUUUUAUGUGUGGGUAUGUUCUCAUUAUCUUCAACAAAUACAUAGUACAAUUACUACAAUGCUGUAUCUGCUUCUGCGUGGUUCUUACUCAAUUUCUUCUCUUUCUUCCCUUCUUCCUCGAUCUCAAUCUUCCCAACUGGAUUUUGCUCUCUGGGGGGGAGGGGUAAAUAACUCAAUACCCACGAGACUUGCUAUACUUUCGUUGAAAAGCCAUUGGAUAGAUGUGAAAUGCGUCAUACCCUUUUUUUGUGUUUGAUGGAAUUGCGUUUCUGGUCAUUUUUUAAUGAUGUUUUUUUUUUCAAUAACUAAUCUAACGAACUCUCUUAUUUAAUUUUAUUUUAACCUUUUGUGUAUUAUAUCGUUGUUCUUUCUUUCUUUUUCUUUUUUUUUUUCCUUUUUGAGCUUAUCUUUUGUUUGUGUUAUCUGUCUGGAUAACGUUGGACAGGUUGGUGACUCCGGGAGCUAAACCACUUCUUGUUUGGGUUUUGUUGUAGAUUUGGUCUUAUAUUUGAAUUAGACCGUGUAGAAUUGCAUCUGGCAAUAGGUUGUUGAGUAAUACGCAUAACGCAUUGUUUUGUGAUACAAGUACUCUUAAGCUUUUCUGGGGAAUUUUUAGUUUGGGGUAUACAUUACAAUUUCUAGCUUUGGUUAGUAAUUCUCCAAGAUGUCAAAAUUUGAGGGUGUUAUUGUCUCCGAUCAAUGGCUUCAUAGCCAGUUCACGCAGGUUGAGCUUCGCAGCCUGAAAUCAAAAUUUGUCUCUUUAAAGAAUCAGAAUGGUAAAGUUACAUUUGGAGAUUUGCCGCCUUUGAUGGUGAAGCUAAACGCAUUCAGAGAUAUGUACAGUGAGGAUGAGAUUAGGGGUAUCUUGGGUGAAUCAGGCACUGAUUUUACCAAUGACAUUGAUUUUGAAGCCUUCUUAAAGGCAUAUUUGAAUUUGCAAAGCCAAGCUACUACAAAACAAGGUGGUAGGAGACACUCCUCGUCAUUCCUCAAAGAAACCGUGACCACCCUUCUUCACACAAUCAGUGAAUCAGAAAAGGCCUGCUAUGUUGCCCACAUAAACAGCUACCUUGGUGAUGAUCCAUUUUUGAAGCAAUAUCUUCCUUUGGACCCAGCUACAAAUGAUAUAUUUGAUCUUGCAAAAGAUGGUGUUCUUCUGUGUAAACUUAUCAAUGUUGCUGUGCCUGGGACUAUAGAUGAACGGACCAUCAAUUGCAAACGGAAUCCUAGUUUUUGGGAGGUAAACGAGAACCAUACUCUAUGCCUCAAUUCAGCCAAGGCUAUUGGCUGCACAGUGGUUAACAUUGGCGCACAGGACUUAGUUGAAGGAAGACCUCAUCUUGUUCUAGGGUUGAUUUCCCAAAUCAUAAAGAUUCAGCUGCUGGCUGAUCUCAACCUUAAGAAGACACCUCAGCUUGUGGAAUUGGUUGAUGACAACGAGGAGAUCGAAGAGCUUCUUAAUUUGUCUCCUGAAAAGGUUCUACUAAAAUGGAUGAAUUUUCAUCUCCAGAGAGCAGGUUACGAGAAAACUGUCAGAAAUUUUUCUUCUGAUGUUAAGGAUGGAGAGGCCUAUGCUUAUCUGCUUAAUGUCCUUGCUCCUGAACAUUGCAGUCCGGCCACCUUGGAUACCAAGGACGCCAAUGAAAGGGCAAAUCUGGUUCUUGAUCAUGCAGAGAGAAUGGGCUGCAAAAGAUACUUGACCCCAAGGGAUGUUGCAGAGGGUACUUCAAACUUGAAUCUUGCAUUUGUUGCACAAUUGUUUCAUCAUAGGAGUUGUCUAUCUACAGACACUAAGAAGAUGUCCUAUGCUGAGAUGAUGACGGAUGAUGUGCAAACAUCUAGAGAAGAGAGAUGCUUCCGAAUGUGGAUCAAUAGUCUUGGAAUUUCUACACAUGUAAAUAAUCUGUUUGAGGAUGUCAGAAAUGGAUGGAUACUUUUAGAAGUGUUAGACAAGAUAUUUCCUGGAUCAGUUAACUGGAAACAUGCAACAAGACCUCCAAUUAGAAUGCCAUUCAGAAAAGUAGAGAACUGCAAUCAGGUCAUAAAAAUUGGUAAACAACUGAGAUUCUCACUAGUCAAUGUAGCUGGUAAUGACAUUGUGCAAGGAAAUAAGAAGCUCAUUCUUGCUUUAUUGUGGCAGCUCAUGCGAUUCACAAUGCUUCAACUGUUGAAAAAUUUGAGAUCUCAUUCCCAAGGAAAGGAGAUCAGUGAUGCUGAUAUCCUGAAAUGGGUGAACAGAAAAGUGAAGAUCAUUGGUAGAACUUCUCACAUAGAGAGCUUCAAGGAGAAGAGCUUGUCAAGUGGACUCUUUUUCCUUGAGCUUCUGAGUGCUGUUGAGCCUAGGGUUGUCAAUUGGAACCUUGUCACCAAGGGUGAAAGUGAUGAUGAGAAGAGGUUGAAUGCCACUUAUAUAAUCAGCGUUGCACGGAAGCUCGGUUGUUCUAUAUUUUUGUUACCUGAGGAUAUUAUGGAGGUUAAUCAGAAGAUGAUUCUCACUCUUGCAGCCAGUAUAAUGUAUUGGAGCCUGCAACAACAGACUGAAGACACGGAUUCAUUUCCUUCACCUGUCAACACUGCUACUACCACCACGCCCGAAGCAUCCCCGGCACCUUCGGUGUGUGGUGAAGAUGAAAGUUCCUCCAUUGGCGGUGAAUUCUCCAACUUGAGUGUUGACGAUGCCACCUCUGACACCACAGCCACUUCUUCACAACCCGAGUCUGACAGUGUUUCUGCUGGAGAUGAGCUGUUAUGAGUCAUCUAGUUGGCAUAAGAUGAGUGCUAAAUGUUUUUUGUUAAAGGGAGAAUAUAAUGAGUAAUGACAUUGCAAAGCUUAUGAAACACCUCCACCAUGGUCUCAACCUUCAAAAAAGUUAGGGAAGUAAAGAUACCUAUAGAAUAGUAGAUGUGAAUAGUCUGUACAAAAAUAUCAUGUUCUUUGGAGAGAAAUGCUUAUUCAGAGGGAUCAGAAUGAAUAAAGCUUGGAGGGGAAGAAAGAAAUGAAUGUGAUCAAUUCACACGACUCCCUUAUAUUGCCUUUAAGUGGGUUCCACUACUGUAUUUGUAUUUUGUCAUUCGUUACGUUAUGAUGACCAACAAUGAUGACCAUUUACCGUGUCAGAUGAACAGAAAAUUUAUAAUUAGCUCUCAUUCGUUCUUAAGGUUUAGUCUGAUAAAAAAGAUGAAAUGCAUUGUGAAUGUCUCAAAGCCUUGUCAUCAUUUUUCUGUCGAUA